AUGGAUCACCUCACUUUGCUGCUGUCCCUUGUCUUUAAAAUCGCCUUUGCCACGGCAGAGGACAUCCAGUAUUGUGGCAACACCCCUUACCAUCCAUCCCAAUUUGUCUCGGUUCCAGGGGGCCAGCAAUAUUACAUUGAGCCGAACGGUGCUCUCGGCUUCACACAAACCCAUAGUGCUUCGGUCCCAACCGGCUCUGUCUACGGGGGUACCGCCUACGAGAAUGGCGAGUUCAAAUAUCUCCCCGGUCAGGGUUGGUAUGUCUGUCCCACGUCGACGGUCGGCCAGUGGCAGUUGUUUCAGAAGCUGGGCGGAGUCAGCUUCGACUCGGCUUGUGUUGGACUCAAUGUUUUGACGAAGAACCUUGAUGCGAACCGAAGUUAUGCUUGGCAGUACACUUAG